AUGCUCGAUCCUUUCGCUCACUCACCCCUCAUCUCUCCUGUCCACCCGUCCCAUCCAUCUGCUCCCACAGGCUCUUGUGCUCGUGAGGAGGCAGGAAGCGCACCGACUCAGCAAACUGGCCGCCCCAGCAGCAGCAAGGCGGAGUGUGCCUGCCCUCCCACACCAGCAGCAGCAGAGGCGAGCGGCAGCUGGGGAACAGUGGAGGGGCGAGGGAGUGGAGCAAAGAAAGGGGUGUGGAGGUUGAGGGGCAGAGGAAGUAUGGAAGUGGGGGAGGAGGGGAGCAUGCCGCGGAAGCAGAGGCAGAGGCGAGCAGCAGCAGCAGGGGAGCAGUGGAGGGGAGAAGAGGGAGUAGACCAGAGAAAGCUGUGUGGAGGUCGGAGCAGAGGUGGGGAGAGUAGGAGUGGAGCAGAGGAGGGGAGCGGAGGAGGGGAGCAGGGAAGGGGAGAAGACGUGGGUAGAAGAGGAGGUGGCGAGCAGAGGAUGGCAAGCAGAGGAAGGAGCGUGGAGGUGAGUGGAGCCCACCUGGCAUUCCUUGCUGUGCCAUCAACAAUCUGGUCCCACACGAAGGGUCCCCACCUCAACGCGGGCUUCACGUGGAGCGAGGAGGGCGAGGGGGCAGCGCGCGCGCAUCAAGAGGCGUCUCUCUGCAUAAUCCCCCCCUUCCAUUCCCUUCAGCAUGGCGGGCAGCGCGGAGACGACACGGCGGCCGGCACGGACGGAGGUGAGGUGCUGUUUCAUCGCUGCAGCGAGGCCGACUCGUGUCGCGAGGAGGGCGAGGGGGCAGCACGGGGCAGCAAGAGGCGUCUCUUUAAUCCCCCCCUUCCAUUCCCUUCAGCAUGGCGGGCAGCGCGGAGACGACACGGCGGGCGGCACGGACGGAGGUCGACUCGUGUCGAGAGGAGGGCAAGGGGGCAGCGCGGUGGGGCAGCAAGAGGCGUCUCUCUAAUCCCCCCCUUCCAUUCCCUUCAGCAUGGCGGGCAGCGUGGAGACGACACGGCGGGCGGCACGGACGGAGGUCGACUCGUGGGGCGAGGAGGGCGAGGGGGCAGCGCGCUGGCAGCAAGAGGCGUCUCUCUAAUCCCCCCCUUCCUUCCCUUCAGGUCGACUCGUGGGGCGAGGAGGGCGAGGGGGCAGCGCGCUGGCAGCAAGAGGCGUCUCUCUAAUCCCCCCCUUCCAUUCCCUUCAGGUCGACUCGUGGGGCGAGGAGGGCGAGGGGGCAACGCGCUGGCAGCAAGAGGCGUCUCUCUAAUCCCCCCCUUCCAUUCCCUUCAGGUCGACUCGUCGACUCGUGGGGCGAGGAGGGCGAGGGGGCAGCGCGCUGGCAGCAAGAGGCGUCUCUCUAAUCCCCCCCUUCAAUUCCCUUCAGGUCGACUCGUGGGGCGAGGAGGGCGAGGGGGCAACGCGCUGGCAGCAAGAGGCGUCUCUCUAAUCCCCCCCUUCCUUCCCUUCAGCAUGGCGGGCAGCGCGGAGGGCGACACGGCGGGCGGCACAGCGGGCGGCACGGACGGAGGGUCCAAGACCCAAGACCGCCUCCGACUGCGGCAUAGGUGUUGUGCGGCAGGGGUUGCUGACGGCGUUGGGACGGACGCCUCCCGCGCCUGA